UCACCUUUCGUUCAAGUUGACUAUCUUUGCGUUUUUUUUCAAGACGAGGGAACUUCAACAUAGACAUCCAAUUGAAGUAUCAGCGAAUAAGCCGGACUAGCUUUGCGAUUCUAUGACCCGUAGGAGGUCUCCUUAUCCCUGUAAGACAACGCAGCUUGUACAAGGAAGUUGAGGUCUAGCACAUAUAGCAGAGGUAGCGAACCAGAUGGUGUACAAUGCCCAUACGGUUGCAUUUAAGGGGGACUUUGUGCUCGCGAUGGUGCUAGAGAUCGCGCAAAAGUCCAGGUUCGAUGUAGCGAUGCAACUCUUUUCCUAUGUUAUCCGAUUCGCUAUACCUUACCAUCCAUUAUUUGAAGAGCAGAAGAACAAAUCUAAAUGCAGGGCGCCGAUAUCUACACAUGGCAUGCACGUCGUGGAAGAUGUAGAAUGCGAUGAUUCAUGCCGCCAACAUAAUUAAUAGCGUCGUUCGAAGUAAACGCUGAAAUAUUUUC